ACCUCAGCCCUCUCACCAUCCCUCCCCCCUCCCCUCCCCUCCCCAGCAGCCAGCCAGCCUCGCCCCCGCGACGAACCCUAGCCAGCCACGGCGGCGGAUCCCUCGGGGCCACGGCCGCCGAGACGAUGGACGGCGGCGACCCGGUAGAGGAAUUCCUCCUCGUCGGGGGCGGCGCCGGCGAUGGCGGGGACGGCCUCGCCGCCUUCUGCGACGGAGGACUUGGGAUUGAGGAUGUCAGCGGAGGUGACUCUGGUCUUGGGCAAUCUAAUUUGGGGAAAAGGGGCAGAGAUGAACAAUCUUCAUCUGGUCCAAAGUCAAAGGCUUGCCGCGAGAAAAUGCGGAGGGAGAAACUGAAUGACAGGUUUCUUGAAUUAUGUUCGGUUAUGAAUUCUGGCAAGCACGGUGGUCUUGAUGAAUGUUCGGCUAGCAAUCCUGGGAAGAGCGCCAAGUUGGAUAAAGCAAGUAUCUUGAGCGAUGCAACUCGUAUGUUGACACAGCUCAGAGGCGAGACCGAAAAGCUGAAGGAAUCAAAUGCGAAUCUUCGAGAGACAAUCAAGGACCUUAAGGUGGAGAAGAAUGAGCUCCGAGAUGAAAAGUUGAGCCUGAAGGCAGAAAAGGAAAGGCUGGAACAACAAAUCAAAGCAGCAAGUGCUGCUCCUGUAGGAUUUGCUCCUCACAUGCCUUAUCCAGCUGCAUUCCACCCCGCCGUCUUCCCUCAAUUUGCACCACCUUAUCAAGUUCCAGCCAACAAAGGCGCUCCGGUCCCUGCUGCAUUCCCUGGAAUGGCGAUGUGGCACUGGUUGCCUCCAACCGCCAUGGACACAACUCAAGAUCCAAAGCUUUGGCCGCCAAAUGCCUAGGCGUGCCGUCUGCGGGAUGCAUGCUGACUUACACUGCCAUUCGCCCAUUGGCAAGUCAGAAAGUUUGUCAGGUCCCUGAGACGAAAAGGAAGCACGCGAUUGCAGUUACUGUGUUUAGCUUGUUGUUUUGGGGUCACUUGUCCCAUAGAGAGGUGAUACCUGUAAUUAAUCUGGAUCUUGACCCUCUUGCUUGGAAAAUAUAUUCAGUGCUACCAUACCUCUUGCAUGAGUCUUAUGUAUGGCAUUGCACUGGUCUGUUUCUUAA